AUGAAGCAAAACCCAAGCGCCGUAAAAAAAGACGAGGCUACUAACACGACAAAAUCUUUAACAAGGUUAUUAUCAUCAUUAGCAAUAACAGCAAACGCAAAUCUACUCAAUCUACCAUUAUCAGAAUUAGCACUGACAAUUAAACCAAAUCCACUCGAAUUACCUCAUGAUCGAAAACAUCGGCAAGAAACUUAUAACAAGCUAAACCAACUAAUUUUUAGUAUUCGACAACAAAAACUAAAAGCAAAAAAAAGAAAUCUAUGA